GGGAAGGAAGGAAGAGAGGGAGGCAGGCAGGCAGGCGGGCGCGGGGCUCGGGGGCUGAGGCGGUAGAGGGAAGCGAGAGCCCGGCAGCUGCUUUGCGCUGUGUUUGCUGCGCGGGCUUUUGGAGGGGCGGCCGUGGAGUCGGCCGAGGAGAAGCGGACACCGGCGGCGUUGGUGCUGGCGCCUGGGGGCGGGGGACUGGGGAGGCGAGAAGGGGGGGCGCUGCGGUGCUUCUCUCUCUGUCGCGCUCUCCUUGCCUUUCUCCCGGCUCGGUGGGCUCCUCCCGACGUCUCCUUUGCCUCCGGGGCCCCGAUCCCCGCCCCCCGCGGUAUGUCUUGAUCCCGAGCAGCGGGUUUCAUGGGGCUCCUCAGGAUUAUGAUGCCGCCCAAGUUGCAGCUGCUGGCGGUGGUGGCCUUCGCAGUGGCAAUGCUCUUCUUGGAGAACCAGAUCCAGAAACUGGAGGAGUCCCGGUCGAAGCUAGAAAGGGCUAUUGCAAGACAUGAAGUUCGAGAGAUUGAGCAGCGACAUACGAUGGAUGGCCCUCGGCAAGAUGCAGCUUUAGAUGAGGAAGAAGACAUGGUGAUCAUUUAUAACAGAGUCCCCAAAACUGCAAGCACCUCUUUUACCAAUAUUGCCUAUGACCUAUGUGCAAAGAAUAAAUACCAUGUUCUUCACAUCAACACUACCAAAAAUAAUCCAGUAAUGUCACUGCAAGAUCAGGUGCGCUUUGUAAAGAAUAUAACUUCCUGGAAAGAAAUGAAACCAGGGUUUUAUCAUGGGCACAUAUCUUAUUUGGAUUUUUCAAAAUUUGGUGUGAAGAAGAAACCAAUUUACAUUAAUGUCAUAAGGGAUCCUAUUGAGAGGCUAGUUUCUUACUAUUACUUUCUGAGAUUUGGAGAUGAUUAUAGACCAGGGUUAAGAAGACGAAAACAAGGGGACAAAAAGACCUUUGAUGAAUGUGUAGCUGAGGGCGGCUCAGACUGUGCUCCAGAGAAGCUCUGGCUUCAAAUCCCAUUCUUCUGUGGCCACAGCUCGGAAUGCUGGAAUGUAGGAAGCAGGUGGGCUAUGGAUCAAGCCAAAUAUAACCUAGUUAAUGAGUACUUUCUGGUGGGAGUUACUGAAGAGCUUGAAGAUUUUAUCAUGUUAUUGGAGGCAGCUUUGCCCCGGUUCUUCAGGGGUGCUACAGAGCUCUAUCGUACAGGAAAGAAAUCUCAUCUUAGGAAAACCACAGAGAAGAAACUCCCUACUAAACAAACCAUUGCAAAACUACAGCAAUCUGACAUUUGGAAAAUGGAGAAUGAGUUCUAUGAGUUUGCACUAGAGCAGUUCCAAUUCAUCAGAGCCCAUGCUGUACGAGAAAAAGAUGGAGACCUCUACAUCCUUGCACAGAACUUUUUCUAUGAAAAGAUUUACCCUAAAUCGAACUGAGUACAAGGUGUGGCAGUUAGAUUCUUGAACUACAACUUUGACCCUGUCUUCACCUUAGUUCUCAGCUCCACAACUUGGAUUGCUGAUGGGUGUGUAAGGUAAUUUGUAUUGAACUGAGUUAGGAUACAGACAGUGAUGUCAAGGAAGUAGAUUCUGGCUGAUAUGUCAGUGGUCUAGGAAGUUUAAGUUUCAGCCUUUUUUUUUUUUUUUUCUGGUUAAAUUUUGGUGGGAGUUAUAACCUCCUGCCUGAACAAAACCUACACAUCACCUAAAGUAAACACAUAGCAGGUCUAAUUGAAGGCUAAAUAAUGAAAUACAAUUUCAGAAAAAGUUCUGAUACUCUGUUUUUGAUAAAGCAUUUUUUUUUCAGCUAACCAUGAAUGAAGAUGAAUGCAUCUGCUACUUACACCUUCACCUGGAGGUUUGGGUUAUACACCUCUACUGGAUAGUGUUAUUAACUGUUUGGCGGUGUGUACUUUGUUUUUGUGAAUCACGUCCCAUGAAAUUUAUUGAAAUGUUUGAUCACUUUCGCUAAGACUGUAUCUGCUGUAGUUGGAACUGCCCAUAUUUAUGUAGGUCAUUUUAAUUUUCUUUAAAAAAUGAUUAUUAGUGUUAAAAAUCAAUUUAAACCAUUACUAAUACUGUAAAAAGAAUCAAAGCAGUAUUUCUCAUUCCUGUCUCCCCAAUAUCUAAGAUUGGGGAAACACUUCAAAGAAUGUUGACAUUGCCUGAAGUUUUGGUUAAGGCUUCCACACAUUAAUAUCAAAAAA